CAUGUGCCAGUCAGGACCAUAGUUUGGCCCCAUAUCUCUAUAACUGGUAAGUAGGAGGAAGAAGCAAGAAGUUCGGGUGACUGAUACAGGAAAAAGGGCUAAAAGGUGACCUCAUAAUGGAGUCUUUUUUCUUCAUCAUAUUCCUCUGCAUUUGUUCGUACUCUGCCGCGGACAAGGUCUUCUUUGUGGACCAGAUCAAUUUCGGAAUAUACCACAGUGAUAUAGAACCGGGAAUGCUCCUGACCGAUCAGCUGCAUCAGAGGGCGUUCUUCGAAUUUAUCCACCGACCAGGGGUCAUGACCUAUGACAUCGUGACAAAUAUGGUGGUAUGGGGACAGCGGUCCCCGCAUAAAAUUGGAGGCGAUGUUCUGGACGGUGUGCCAAACAAGGUUGUCAUCAUUCCGGGUGUUAAGCCUUUCUGCAUCACCUUCAACAAUUUUGACCGAAGGAUCUACUGGUUUGGAAACGUCUCAAGAAUCUUGGCAUCAAUCAGACUAGAUGGGACUAAUAAGAUAAGGAUCGACUACAAUGAUAGGCAUAUAUAUGGACUAAGCGCGGACGGUCAGAAAGGAAAGCUCUAUUUUUCUGAGGGAGAUCGCAUCAUGGAAAUAAAGGUGGAUGGUACAGAUAAAGAGGUCAUUGUUGAUACGGACCUGGUCAAUGUUACUGCUUUCACAAGAAACGCCCAAGAUAACUGUCUAUACUGGAUCAACGGUGGCCAAACAGUCGAGAGGUACAAUUUGGAAACCAACGUGCGUACCGCCCUCGCCAAUAUAUCGAUAUUAAUCGGUUACGCUGAGCACAUAGUCGUUUAUAAUUAUAUCAUUUACUGGGCAGAUAAUAAACGAGGCGGGAUUGGCCAUCUACACCUGAACGAUCCCACCAAUCAAGACUUCCGUACAAACAUCACAGUGAGUGGGACCGAGCAAAGUUUGGCGGGGAUACUGGAUAUGAAAGUGUUUAUUGACGAACAUGUCAACUACUGCAGCUCAUCUCCAUGCCAAGAGGGUCUCAUCUGUGUUAGUGGCAGAUUCGAAUACAACUGCGUAGCCAACAACACAAGCAACAACAACACCGGCAACAGCACCGACAGCAACAAUGCCGGGAGCAGGGGCGUAGACAACGGGGGGGAUGAGGGGGAUGCAUCCCCCCCACCUCACAAGGUGGGGGGGAUGGCAUGUACAAUCAUCCCCCCCCAGGUUUUGGGGAAUGAUAUUUGGUUAUGUACGAACCUGUCUACGCCACUGGCCGGGAGAAAUACAACAUCAUUAAAUAGCGGUGGAUUGAAUCCGUGUGGUUUACGCGGUGAAGACUACCCGUGCGACGCGAUGCGUGGUAUCUGCCAUAACAACAACGGAUCAGCCCUCUGCGACUGUCAAGAGGAAUACGCUCUUGGAUUUGAUGGCGUCACGUGUUUAGUCCACGCAAACUGCCGGAAGUGUGACAAUGGCGAAUGCAUCGAGGCCAACGGCAUCUAUAAAUGCAUCUGCGACAGCGGGUUCACACUAGCCGGAGAUGAACGCUGUGAAGAUAUAAAUGAAUGCCAAAGUUCUGUUUGUGACCCGGAAUAUGGCGUAUGUGUGAACACGAAAGGAGGAUACUACUGUACCUGUCGGACUGGUUUUAUAACAGUUGGGGACGGAUUCACGUGCCAAGUGGACUGUACCGAAAUUACCUGUCAAAAUAAUGGCACAUGUACGGACAAUCAGUGCUUCUGCCCAGAUGAUAUCGAAGGGAUAUUGUGCGAAACUGUUGAUUUGGAAACGGAUGACGACGACGAUACUGAGACCAACGUGUCCGAUAAUUACGACGACCCAAUCACAUGGCAGCUGCCGAGGAACAUCAUCAUCAUCAUCACCAUAGUCGUUCUCUUAAUCAUCAUCACCAGCAUCGUCAUCGUAGUCGUCUGCUAUAGAUGCAAGAGAAAAGAAAAAAACAAUGAAGCCGCAUAAAGUCAUUCUUCGAUAAAAUUCGGAAUCAUCAGAAGACAUGCAACUACAACCAAAUCGAUGCAGAGUUUUGGGGUUCGAGCCCUGCUUGGAUGACGUUCAAUGUCGGUCACAGAUGCCAGUAUUCAAUACAACUAUGUAAAAGAAAAAUCAAUAACACACACAUACCACCCAAGUUUGCCAUAUUUCAUUCUCCCCGAAAGGUGGCGCAAUGCAAAGUUUGAAAGUGAUAUCAUCCCAGCUUUGAGGAUAAAUCAAAUCCCAAUCUGGUGCUUAUCAAACGUGAAAAGAAUUCCAUAAAUAACUGUCGUAUAACGUAACUGACGUAAUCGAAUCCCCUGUAUUUUCGACACAUUCCAUGCAUAUCCCUAUAUCAUAUAGUAACAUUACUCUCCACACCGAAAAAAACCAGAGGCUCCGCGAUCGAGGUGAACAAUAUUUUUCAGUGAUACAACCAAUUCGCUGCUUCCACUGAUGUAAUUUUAUUUCGUGAUUUCAAGUCCUUUUCACAAUUCUUGAGUCAGCAAAUGAUCUCUCCUAUCCGCUGAAUGGUGGUAUUGAUUGAUAUGUCUUUUAAAUGCAUUUCCUUUGGACCGCUGACGGUGUAUUGUUGGAUUGUGACGUCAGUAACCUGGUGCCUAUUUACUAAAACCCGAUUUCACACAAAAAAUUGCAUCAACAGUUUUAAGCUAUUGAAAUCAUUCAAUUUUAUUGGCUGAUAAAAAACGCGUAACAGAAAUUACGCAUCUAUUAUCAUACCAAGUCUUUAUGAAACAUUGGACGGACCGGCAUGGACGUAUUGGAAUGUUGUAUACAAAAAUACAGAGUAUCUCUUUUAUUGAUAUUUGUGCAUGGCUGAAAUCGUGGCCUGAAAUCGUGGCCGAACUCAAGGGAACUGGGUUGGAUUGGGACGGGCUAUUUCACUUGAGUGUAUCAUGGAAACUUAGUAAUGGACAUAGUUAUGUAUAAUUUUGUACAGUUUUUAAUAUAUUUAUGCCCAAUAGAUUAAGAUAUUUGUUUUUACUUCUCACUGUAUUGUCGCAAUUGUUAUUGAUUUGAUGAUAUUAGAAUUGUGAGCAUUGAAAUACUGAACAGCUCGGUUGUAGAGCAUAAGUUCCAUGAUACGAAUAACACGAGCAUCAUUUGCCAAGAUGCUUUGCAUUCUUGCCGCACUCUACCCAGGUGAAGUACAAAGUGGUAAAAUAAAUUCCUUGAAUCGCUGGCGACAUGUGGCAGAUUGGCUACGUAUUUUUUAUUAUUUUUUUUAUUUAUAUACAGACAUUAAAGCCAUCGCACACAACGAAUCUUUGAUUGUACCCUGCAGGAAACGUAUAUAUAAUGUCCACAAUGUUAUCACAGUUUCGAAGACAGUGUGAAAUCAACUUCACACUGUUAAAUUUAAAGGGAUGAUCCGGGUUGAAAAUAAUUAUAUCUUAAUAAAUAGAGUAAAAUUCACAAAGCAAAAUGCUGAAAAUUUCAUCAAAAUCGGAUAACAAAUAGCGAAGUUAUGGAAUUCUAAAGAUUUACAUUGUUCUUGUGAAACAGUUCUAGGCAUGUCUUCAUGAAUAUUCAUUAUGUGGGCUGAUGAUGUCAUAUCCCCACUUGUUCUUUUGUAUUUUAUUAUAUGAAAUUAGGUUUAUUCAAAAAAAAUUACCAAGAACAACUGAUUAAGUGCAUUAGUUAUUUAUUGCCACAACUUAUUUCAUCAGAAUGGAGACACAUCAUUUACACAUGUAUG